GCCAUCACCACUUACAAAUGGCAGCCUCCAUAUGGUUUUUGUUCUUCCACGGAUCCUCAGAUAUGGCAAGAUUGAUCCGCUAAUUCGCUACCUCUUUACUUUGUCAGGAGGCCAACCAGCUGCAACAUGUUGAAACACUGCCGUCAAGCUGCAGCGGCGUCCAAAUCUCUGCGAGCAUACAUGACGACAUCGCGGUGCUUUAAGAGCAGCCUGACAAGCGAGCAAAAGGAUGAUAUCGCAAGUGGACCUGGCCUAGCAGAUUUUAUAGCUGGUGCAGUUCCGAGAGGAAGCACGUUCAAGGACUACGCGGGGAAGCUGAAGCGCGCGCCAGGAGAAACGGAAAGGUUGAAGCUACCGCCGUGGCUGAAGGUUGACAUUCCUAAAGGAAUCCACUUUUCUCGUUUAAAAGGAACGCUAAGAGGCAAGAAGCUCCACACUGUGUGUGAAGAGGCACGUUGCCCUAAUAUCGGAACCUGCUGGAAUGGAGGCCCAGACAAUAUUGCUACAGCAACAAUCAUGGUCUUGGGUGACACAUGUACAAGAGCCUGCAGGUUUUGUUCUGUCAAAACUGCUCGACGCCCACCCUUACCAGACCCUGAUGAGCCUGAGAACACUGCAGAAGCAAUCGCAGAGUGGGACCUAGAGUAUGUUGUAAUAACCUCAGUAGACAGAGAUGAUCUACCUGAUGGCGGCUCAAACCAUUUUGCUGAGACAGUUCGAAGAAUUAAGCAGAAGAAAUCAUCCAUUCUUGUUGAGUGCUUGACUGGCGAUUUUGCUGGCGAUCUUAAGGCCGUAGGAGAGGUGGCUUGCUCAGGCCUUGAUGUGUAUGCACACAACAUUGAAACUGUUCCCGAAUUACAAAUGUAUGUCAGAGACAGAAGAGCAAACUUUGAACAAAGUCUCAAGGUCCUAAAGCAUGCAAAGGAGGUGAACCCAAAUGUCCUGACGAAAACCUCGCUGAUGCUUGGCUUUGGAGAGACUGAUAGCCAAGUUGCGAGGACUAUGGAAGUGGUCCGUGAUGCUGGCAUCGACUGCUUCACACUGGGUCAAUACAUGCAGCCUACAAAAAGGCACCUGAAGGUAGUUGAGUAUGUAACACCCGAGAAGUUCAUGCACUGGGAAGACUUUGGAAAUAAGCUUGGCUUUCUUUACACUGCCAGUGGACCACUGGUUCGUUCAUCAUACAAAGCCGGUGAAUUCUUCGUGACAAACUACUUAAAGAAGAAGAGGCAGGAAGCAGAAUUGCAGCCACAAUAAGUUACAUUAUAGUCAAAUAAACUUUCUAUGUUG